GCAGAGAGGGGGGGGGGAACUUUGAACUGUUAUCGUCUUUCUGCGAACAUCAGACAGCACUUUCACUUUCGCAGCUGUCCGCCGCCGCCAUGGCCGCCGAAGCUGCUCCCUGCACCAAGAGCAGCCUGAGAGAGGACCUGACCUGUGCCAUAUGCUGCGACCUGUUCCGGGACCCGGUCAUGCUGACCUGUAUGCACCAUUUCUGUAAACUGUGCAUCUCCAGGUACUGGAGGGGAACCCAGGGGCCUGUGACCUGCCCUCAGUGCCGCAAGGAGUUCAGCUCCAAACACUUUCAGACCAACUACCUGGUGGCUGCUAUGGUGGAGAAGGUCAGGGCCACGACCUCUGACACCUACGUGAAAAACCUUGAGAAACAAGUGAAAGAGACUUUGGAAGACCAUCGCUUGAAAAAGGAGGACUUGGUCAACAGCGUUCGGAGGGACAAAGAAAAGAUGAAUAUCAUAAAGAGAGUUGGAUCCGACCUGGAGGCCCGUGUCAAAGGAGAGUACAGAGCUCUCCAUCAGAUCCUGCUCGAUGAGGAAACCUGUAUGCUGGAGCAGCUGAGGAGGGAGCAGGAGGAGGAGCUGGAGAAGGCCCAGCGCCACCUGGAGGCGGCGGAGCAGGCCCUGAAGGAGCUGGAGGAAAACAUGGAGGCGCUGCAGCAGUGUAGCGCCGCCUCGGGAAGCGUGGUUCUGACUGAGCUUCCACAUCUCAGACCUUGUACGCAGGUGGAUGUUACCCCCGAUUUUGAUAUAAACGCAUUCAGCAAUAAAUACGUGGCCCCAUUAGGUUACAUCGCAUGGAGGAGGAUGCUCAAGUCUUUGAAGCCAGGUCCUUCGCCGCUGACGUUUGACACCGACACGGCGCACCCGAACAUCCACGUCUCCCGGGACAAAACCAUGGCGGUGGAAUGCGACGUGACGAACCAUCCUUCACACCACAGCAAGCGUUUCCUGCAGUGCGUCAACAUCCUGGCCGCCCAGGGCUUCCACUCCGGCCGCCACUACUGGGAGGUGGACGUGGGCUCCAGCUCCAAGUGGGACCUGGGCGUGGCCUCGGAGGCCGUGGACCGCCACGCCCGGAUCAAGCUGAGCCCCGAGAACGGCUACUGGACCCUGCGGCUGCGCAAAGGCAACGAGUACUCGGCCGGGACGCAGCCGUGGACGCGGCUGCAGCUGGGCUCGUCCCCGCAGCGCAUCGGCGUCUUCCUGGACUGCGACGAACGGAAAGUGUCCUUCUACAACUCCGACGACAUGAGCCUGCUCUACGCCUUCACCAACGGGCCGCGGGGCAAAGUGUUCCCCUUCUUCAGCCCGUGCAUCAGCGACGGCAGGAACAAGCCUCAUCCCAUAAAGCUGCUCCACGACCUUUUCAUUCCCCUGUCGGCCUGAUAUUUCCGCGCUCGGGCUCCACCGUCUCAUCACGUAUUGACCAAAGACCUUCAUCCUUCAUUCUUCAUUCAGAUUUUGAACAGCAGCGUUGCCAUAGUUAGCAUCAUUAUGCAUCACGAUUUCCAGCUGUUGUUGUUGUUUUCCGGGCCAUUUUAGCUUUAAUUCACCAGAUGCUGCUGUCUGUUUGAAGCUGCCUCGCUGCCACAUUGUUGCAGUCACUCUGAAGAGACUCGCUCACUUUGCAGGACCAAUCACGUUACGUAACGCCGCAUUCCAGCUUCUGUACCUCAAACUGCUCAUCAUACAAGACCUUGAUAAUUAGCACCCGGCUCUAUUCUAAGAUUCGCUUAUCGAAGGCUUUUAGUGCUUAAUUAUAAGCAUGAAGGAAGUGUGCAAUGUUAGAUCUGAUCUAAUUGUUCUUUGUGUUUUAUACAUGUCUCAAAACGUCUUGCACACUCUCCUUCUGGAUGUUUCUUUUGAUUGAAUCGCACUUGAUUUUUUUUUCCUGAUCUGAAAUGUCAUUUUAAUUGUAUGUGCCUUAUUUUGUAUAAAAUACAAUUUGGAUCAAGAAAACAUCACAAAAUGGACUUUGGGGUAUUUCCCAUUGUCAUUGAGCGCUGUAGUCAGUUACUGUAUAGGAAAAUUAACGCUGAUGCAAAUAAAUCUCUCUUUUUCUAA